UCUUCAAAAACCGCAGGCACCCACACAAGCAACAAUGGAGACGCCAGGACAAAAUGAGACCUCUUGAACGUCCGCAAUAUCUCAGGGAACGCCAGUUGCUUCGCCACGAGGAGCAACACCUGAGAAAUCCGGAAGGGGAGUAUUUGGACCUUGAGGUUGUGAGACAGCUGGGACUUCAGGAAGCGAAGCAACAACAGGAAAUCGAGACAAUUAUAGAUCAACUGAAGUCGCUGGAGGAGCUGGAUGAAUGGGAUCGGCGCGAGGCUUCACAGACCAAGUAGGACUGGUCUGGUCGGAACUCGCGUGCGAGACAGCACCACAAGAAGGGAAGAUUCAUGUAUUUCAGCCUCAUCAAACUUUCUGGCUGUGCUGUAUCGGUCCCCUUUCAACAACGGUCGGAACUCGCAAGCGCAUGGCCGGAGUCCGCAGAUGCCGUCCUGAUUUCGCCAGUUUCGAGCAUGCACGGCUCUAUCGAGACUUCCGCCGCCAACGACGGCGGCCAAGGACUGAGCCCUGCGGCGCCACGGUUCCGGGACAGUCGCGACCCUGCUUGGGACUGCGGAUUCGGCUGCCACUUCCGACUUGGCCAGCUGUCGGUCGCCGCCCCCGGGUAUGAUGACUCGAAUUAUCAGAAAGCGAGAGCUCGCAUGCGCAGGCUUUCGGGUUUGGCAAAGGUUUCUCGAAACCACAAUACUGAAGACGGCAAGCCGGAUCAGGUCGCAGGUCGAAAGAGGAGAUGCGCAGACAUUGAUUCUGCACUUCCGGAAAUGCCUCGGUUAGACCACGGAAGCGAGGAGGAUGUUAACGCUGGCGAAGCCUUGUCGAGUAUGUCCGUUGCCCAAACGGACGGUUCAUCCGAUGAGACGCGGCGUUCUCGGAGGCCGCAGCACCGGCGACACGGUCACCCGGGACCUCCUUUUCGCGAGCGCAUCUCCCUACCGCUCCAUCUGCGAAUCACGCGGCCUCCUGAUCAAACCGUCGCGACUCGCCAGCAGACGCGGUCUCCAUCUCCAUCGCCCGCUCAUCGACAGCCAGCACCUAUACUUUCGGGAGCCAAUUCCAUUGCCCUUCCUCUGCGCACUCGUCUGGCUCCUAGUGGACAGGUCGACAGCGUUCGCCAUACACGGACUGAUCCUUUUCAGCCUACUAUUCCUCGGCCUAGUUCGGGCACAGUGGCUAACCAACGAACUGAUAGGUACGAGGAUGGGGAAGUUCGGCGUUUCGGCGCUGGCGAAUCCUACCGACCUUUCAAUCGUGACAGAUCUCCGCGUGGCGGCCGCAGCCCGCUGCGGGACCGAGGCCGCACUCCCCCGGGAGCCAGCGACAGUUAUGUUCCCGGCAGAUCUCCUCGGCGGCGGUCACGGAGUCCCGACCGCUUCAGGCGGGAUAGAUCCAGAGACCGAGAUGGCGCUGAACGCUGGCGACGCAGCCGCAGCAGGGCAAGAAGCCCGGUUCGACGCCUUUCACCAAGACGAAGCCCUCUGCGACGGACACCUCCUCGGUUCAUGUCUCCGCGUCGGGAUGAUCGAGUGUUUGAUAGGAGGGACGACAGGAGAGACGACCGUGAUGACCGUCCGAGAUCACCUCUGCGUCGGGACUUCGAGAUUCGCGAUAUGAGACGGAGAUCACGUUCUCCUUUUGAUCGAGACAGGUUUCCUAUCCGUCGAGACCGCUCCCCACCGAGACGCUCCCCACCACCUGGACUACGUGGAGGCGGCUCCUAUCGUCCGCGCUCUCGAAGCCCGGAUCGGCGCGACCGCGAUGAUCGAUAUACCGGACCAGCUUAUCGCCGCCCAUCACCGCUGCCUUUUCGAGACUCUGCAGCCUCCUCCGCUCUGAAUUCCCGACCUGCCUCUGGGAGAUCUUCUCCCCGGCCCACCUCCGUGCGCAGGGAUGACCGAUCCGGUCCUCAGUCCCCAACCCGGUCUCAUGUCUCGAACGCACCAACCCCGACGUCUUCCAUCCCACCAGCCCGCGAAACCCCGAAGCAACCGGCCCCGCCUCCUCAGUCGUUGCAGCCAGCGCAAGCCACCCGGAGCAGCACGCCUAUCAAAAGCGAAUAUCCCGACGAUCAGCCAGCGAAACCACCAUUGACGGAUGCCAACUCGACCCCGAUAAAGUCUCCUCCAAAGGGUCCCGCCGCACUGAGAGCACCGCCGACAGGGCCCGCGGCAUCCAGGAACUUCACGUCGCCGGCAGCACCACCCGCCGCUCCAGUACCCCGUCAUCCUCUUCAGGGUCCUACCGGACAGGCUCGCCCAGGUGCUACGAGUCCCACCGUGCCCCCCGCAGGACCACGCGGUUACAUUCCGCCUCGAGGAGCCGGCUACGCAGCGCGCGGCGGCAGAGGUAACUGGACUAACGGGCCAGCCCGCCAUUCUAUCUCCGGUACCGGUCCAUCCUCCUCGCCCACCGUCCCUCCUACAGGGCCCAGCAGCAUUCCAACCGGCCCGAGAGCCCAUUCGACCUCUUCGGCCACAGGCUCCCCGUCGCUCACCUCCAAGCCCUUCAAUCCGCCGACCGGGCCCGCCGCACAUGGCACCCCCCACCCGCGUCCGACGCUCGCGCAGAGCCUGCUGAACACGAUGCCGCCUAUCAUCCCGGGCGGCAAGCUCGACCCGACCGCGAUGCCGAUCGAGAUGGACGCGCACCACAGGAAGCUGAGAGAGGAGGAGGAGCGUCUGAGGGAGGAGCUCCGCGCCAAGCAAGACAAGCUGCGUAAGAGCCUGCGGGUCUGGGACAGGAUGGAGCGGGAGAGUAAAGCAUUCGAGCUGAAGAGCGACUUGAGUGAGAGGAGUCUGAAGAACAUUGCUGGAGAGGGAGUUGGGGGCGCUGCGUUCUAGUAGAAACGCAAUGAGGUAGGAGGCUGAAGGGUGCGAUCGGGAGAUUGGUGGCAUGGGCGAAUAUAAGAUAGUCAGAGUUUGCCUCAUUGCAGAAGUGGUGGAAGGGGAAAUAUGGUUACAGCGGAGGAUUUGACAAGGCAGCGGUUUGUACUGUGUUGUACCUGUACACAAUUCAUGUAUGGAACGGAAAAAAGGGAGAUCUCGGACAGAUGGCGAGAACUGCGUGUCGGGCUGAGCCUCCUACGGAUGGAGAUGGAUGGACAGGCGACUCUCAGCGGCUGAUGUCUUUCGUUUCUUGACGUUCAGGCUUUCGAGGGUUCUGGGCAACUUUGCGGGUGUUACCACUUGUUGUAAUAUUACCUAGGAAUAAUAGAAGGACGUAACGAAAUCGCCGUGUGUUUCAUUUUUGCGACCCAGAGAUGUGUAUCUAUUGUUGCC